AUGGAUGUUUCUUCAAAGCGCAGGAUGAAAGGCACUUGUUCAGCUGAGGGCGGAAAGAGUUCUACAACAUCGAGUGCACGAUCAAGUUGGAGAAAAGGGCAAUCAAUUGAACGCAAGGUUUAUCCAUGGAAAUGCGAAUGUGGAUGUGAUGUUGUGAGAUUGACUUCGAAAACAGAGAAUAAUCCUGGAAGAGUGUUCUUCUGUUGUGAGAAACAAGAUGUAAAGGGAAAUUUUAAUCACUUCUUCAAAUGGUUUGAUGAGGUGAUGGAAGAAAAAACGGACAAUCUUCAUGAAGGUUUAGAAAGAGUAGUGAUGGAUAUGGAAGCAUUCAAAGAGAAUAGUAGAAAGACGGAGGAUGUGAUGGAAGUAUACAAAUUGAUCAUCGGAAAGAUGGAAGUUGAGUUGGAAGAGUACAAAGAGAAGACAAAAAAGUUGGAGGAUGCGUUGGAAGACUACAAAGGUUGUUUUGGGGAUGAUGUUGGUUUAAGGGAUGUGUUCGACCUAAUGUGGAUCUUGUAA